UCAGAGCGGCAUACGGAGCGGUACCGCGCGCGCGUGUGUCCGGAGGAUGGAGGACGCGCCGCACGAGACCCUGGACUAACGGGGUCUUUACUUUCUAUGGGAGCGUUUCGAGAUUUCCCGAAAGAGUGGAUUUUAUAUUGAUACACUACAAUGCCAUUCGCCAAACGGAUCGUGGAGCCUCAGUUUCUGUGCAGACGCACGGAGUCAGAAGAAGCUUUACCGUUCCAGGACCUGUGCGCCAUCAGUAAUGUGGCUCUGUCUCGGACCCUGCGCCAGCUCUCGGACCUGGCCAAGCACGCGUCCUCGCUCUUUCACGAGCUGGAACACGAGCUGGUCUCCACGAACCGGCGCGUCUGGGCUCUCCGGGAUAAAAUCAACCGGAUCCAGGACACCACGGAUGCGCUCGACCCCAAACAGGAGGCAGUGCCGGUGUCUAAUCUGGACAUUGAAAGCAAGCUGAACGGACACUAUCAGGCCUCGUGGCACCUGCAGAGAAAUGUGUUCUUACCGUCGACUCGGCCCGCGUGUGUGGCAGAGCUGCAUCGCAAUGCCAAACAGAGUCUGCGGGCGCUGUACAGAGAUCAGCAGCAGAGACAGGAAGUCAGUGAGAGAGAACGGAGGGUGACCAUCUCCAUUGCUCCACCUGUGACCAUCUAUCCAUCCCCUCGAACCAUCCGGAGACGUGAGCUGAGAGAGAGACACCUGACAACGGAGAGAACAGAAAGAGAUACAGAAACUCAAACAACACAAACACAGUUUGACAGCACCCGGUCCUCAUCCCCUACUGAAUGUUGUCAUUUCUCACCAUGGAACAGAAAGGUUGAUUCAGAUUCAGAGGCGGCAGAUUUCAGCCAUUGGCCAAAGUGUCCCAUCCCAAACGUUCCCUCUGCGCUGGACAAACAGACAAACUGGCCUGGAGUCUUACCACUGCCCACCCCAGAAGAGAAAAUGAAAACAGACUCUCAAAUCAUCACCUCGUGCAUCGUCCCCAUUAACGUCACAGAGGAGGGUGACGUCGCUACUUCUCCCUCAGCGAUAUCAGCUUUCCUAAGGAUCGGGUUCGACAGAGAUGCUAGUGUACGCUGCUCGCUGGUCCACUCGCAGUCAAUUCUUCAAAGACGGAGGAAGUUAAGAAGACGGAAAACCAUCACUGGCAUUCCCAGACGAGUGCAGCAGGAUUUGGACUCUGAUGAGUCUCCAGUGGCCAGAGAACGUACAGUAAUAGUCCACACCAACCCUGACGUUUGCCAGGAGGACCUUUCGCAUCAAAACACCAAGGACUCUGGCUGCCAGACUGAAGAAUUCCUAAUAGCUGGAGCUGCACCUUCACGCAGACGAAUCAGAGCACAAAGAGGGCAGGGUAUGACAGUGUCACAUUCCCAUUCCACAGGGAACAUAUCCUCACUACCUGACACCUCGGACGAAAUGUUCAACACCUCUUUGGCCACUCGUCUGCGCUCCCGAAGCUUGCCACGAGAGGGAGGGCGACUAGUGGACGAAGAUCAUGAUGACAGCAAUGAGGAUGAUGAUGAGGAAGAGGAAGAACUCUCCCCUUUUGAGGCUGAGGACUUCCUACGCGUCUCAGGGGAACAUAUGAAAGAUGAUGAAGAAAGCAUUGACGAUCAAGCAGUUCCAGAAGAUAAACAGCACAUCAGAAGUGCAGAGCAUGACUGGAUGGAAAGGGGUUGUUCUCGGCUUCCUCGAAAAGCUGAAUUGGGUAGUUGUGAGAUUUCCUCGAGUUCUGACACGUUUAGUAGCCCCGUUCACUCUGUUUCCAAUGCUGGUGUGCUGACAAGUCAGAUGGACCACAAGGAUGAUCAUCAGUCAUCAAGUGGCAAUUGGAGUGGUAGUAGCUCAACGUGUCCCUCCCAAACAUCUGAAACCAUUCCACCUGCAGCCUCUCCACCACUCACCGGAUCAUCACACGGUGAUUCGGAGCUAUCAUUGAAUGUUCCUACCAACGCUAUUGAUGAUUCCACUGGCUUUAUCAUUGACCCGUACCCUGGUGAGAGAUCGCAAGGCCUCCGUUGCCACAGGACGGGUUCAUUCACCUCCACUGCAACUGACAUGCUUGAUGAUGCUGGAGUUAGUACUGCCAGUGAGGGUGAAUGGACUUUCCCACACUACAGACACAACACGCAUUGCCACCCAGACUUGAGUCCUGAACGUGAGAGCAGCCUAGAAUGUCCCAGUUUUACUAGCAUAGCAACUUUUGAAAGUUUACCAGACAGGCCACCUUCUGAAAAGGCGGACACCACCUCACACUACUCCAUAGAUGCUGAGGGCUACUAUACCUCCAUGCACUUUGACUGUGGUCUUAAAGGUAGCAAAAGCUUCACAUACAACUAUGCAUCUGUAGACCAGCAACAAACCGAAUAUGGACAUCAAACGAACACGCUUGGGAGACAUAGUCUCUCUCUAAGGAAACCAAAGGUGAAGCCAUCCCCACCAAAACGCAGCUCAUCCUUAAGGAAAAUAAGCAGCCAUGAUGGCCCUUCUGCUGACAAGAACGAACCAAAGAUCAAUGGUAGUCAGAAUAAAUCAACGUCUUCUGGGGAGGGAACGCGGCAUGUGGGGUUAAAUGGCUCCUCGGGUCAGUUGGAGAUUGAGGAGCCACCGGGGGCUUGGGGUGUUGAGAGUUCUACAGAGGUUCCAGAUGUUGCUUCGUUUAGUUCUACAGAAACACAUUCCUUCAAAGAUGAGGGUGCUGUACAGUCAGACUAUGCAGACCUCUGGCUUCUUAAUGACUUGAAAUCCAGCGACCCUUACAGGUCGUUGUCAAAUUCCAGCACUGCUACGGGUACCACUGUCAUCGAAUGCAUUAAGUCACAUGAGAGCUCCGAAUCCCAGACUUCCCAGUCAGGAUCCAGGGCCACCACUCCUUCACUACCAUCAGUGGAAAAUGAAUUUAGAUUGCCAUCACCGGAAAAGCUUGUCGGUCUAGCAUCACCUUCCAGUGGAUACUCAAGCCAGUCUGAGACACCAACAUCUUCUCUUCCAUCGGCUUUCUUCCCCAACACUCACCCAAUGUCCCCCACUGGUGGCAAAAGGAAACCCAAAGUUCCAGAGAGGAAGUCCUCACUUGCUUCUUUGCAGCAGUAUUCAUCCAAAAGGGACCUUGAACUACCUAUCAUACCUCCCACCCAUCUUGACCUAAGUGCCCUUUCUAAUGUCAAUAAGCCUUCAGUUCACAAAAAACAGGUGCACAUCCUCUAUCAAAGCAAACACAAGAUGGCAGCUAAAGCUACGGAAGAGAACCAGGCAUCUUCUGCUGCAAAUGAUGAGCCAGCAAUUACUAGUCCUUUGGCCAUCACUCCCAUGAUACUUCGUUCAGUGCAGCUACGUUCAGUUGGCAAAUCUGGUGAUGGGACCCAUAAUCACCCUUCCAAUGAUUCUUCCACCAGGCCUAAGUGUCCCACUGUGACUAUCAUCACUCCACCAACUCACAACAAAUCCCACGAAACUAGGAAACCACCACCGUACAGACCCCUUCUCACAGAACCCCCCUCUCAGGACAAUUGUGAAUCACUGUUUACCCCAAAAGAUGGACUAGCUGCUAAGAAUGUAGCAAGCCAUUUUGGUGCACGAAAUCGAUUUGACAGACUAGCCCAGUCAUUUCUUUUGAAGGCCCAGUCUGAGCAAUUAAACGUGGAUGAGGUCACUUCCAUUGAAUCAAAGAAUUCUGAAAGCCAGAAAGGUAACGCUGCAGAUGAGGUGUGCGUGUCAAGCAAUCUAGAAACUGGACAAAACCAGCCAUCGAGAUUUGAGCCAAACAAUGAAGACCUCUCGUAUCUGACCAAAGCAGAAAAUUCACCUGGUCAGAAUGAUGUAGCAAAGGGGUUAUGCAGUCUUGACCAAGUGCCUGAUAUUGCCAAUCAAAAAUCUGAAACAUUGCCAAUCAGUGGUGCUGUUACCAACAAAGAUGAAUAUGAAAUAUCAGGUGUUCCAACCAGAAGUGCCUCACUGGAACAUGUAGAGGAAGGGUCAACACCAGACACAGAGGACUACUUUAGCAAAGAAUCCACACCAAGUGAUCCAAUAAUGUCCCCUCUGACAGACGAUUCCAAAACUGAGGAUGAUAGUGUUUUCCUGUCACCAAGUAAAAAUCGCACAACAGAGGAUCUCUUUGCCAUGAUUCACAGGUCAAAAAGAAAAAUGCUGGGGAGGAAAGAUUCCGGAGAUAUGUCAACGCGGAGUCGUUUGGGGAAUGGCCCCAUCGCAAGUCCUAUUACCUCACCAAGCACCCCAAAUAUACCCUCAAGUCCAGCCACUCAAACUGGGUCCUCAAGACCCCCGGGUCAAAUUUUCAGGAGUGCCAAAAAGUCCAGUACUUCUAAUGAAGAGUUCAAAUUGCUGCUGUUGAAAAAGGGAAGUCGCUCCGACUCCAGUUAUCGCAUGUCCGCUACAGAGAUCCUAAAAAGUCCUGUUGGACCCAAAAGCCCCGGAGAUUUCCAGACGGAGAUUUUAAGAUAUUUGGAAGAACCACUCUCUCCUGAGCUUUCACCUGAGCAAAUAUCAAGCCCUUUUCCAAAAACUUAUGCUGAGGGCUUUUCCACUAAAGCUUUUCCCACAUCUGCCUCAACUAGACAAGGCCGUUCAAGGAUGCCACCCGCUUCAAACAGUAGCCGCUACAGUACACGAAGUCGGCUGUACACGACUCCGAUGCAGGCCAUAUCGGAAGGGGAAACGGAAAACUCAGACGGAAGUCCACAUGAUGAUCGUUCCUCGUGAAAACGCACGAAAGUUACGAUCUUGGACGUCAAUUUCAAAUAUAAUGCUGGGCACUUGGCAUACUCAAUAUUUUUGAGUAUCUGUUUUUAGGAUAAGACCAGAAACAAACGUUGUAGUGUCUGUACCCUAAUUUUAACGAGAGGAACAAAACAUUUUGAUGUUGAUUUUUAGUGGUGGUGUUCUGAUAACUUCCAUGAACAUAUUUAUUUUACGUGAAUGCUUUGUUUGUGUACCAGGUGACAUUUCAUUUAGGAAUGAGGGUGGAGAACAAACAGAUAAAUGUAAUCACUUUGUAAGUAUUCACGUCACUAACAUUUAGCAUCGUAAACAGUACUGUAUUGGGGCUAACUGUGAAAUGGGUCCAGACCGUGUUAAAAGGAAGGGAAAACACUUCCUGUAUCUGUUGAUAACAGCGGACAACUUGGGACAAUCAAAGCGUGGCCUUUUUUAUAGUUAGCUGUAGCAUAAACAGGCAGAGUAUUUUUGAGUAACAUCUCAGAUUUACUCUCGUGCCAUUACUCGAGUCUUAUUGGGCAAGAAAUGUAGCUGGUUAUCCGAUGAGCAACCACUAUUUUGCACUUCUUUUGGUACCGACAAAAUAUACCAAAAUAAGAUUUUGCAGAAAACAAAAUGACACGUUAAAAAAGUUAGUUUAUAAAUUUCAAUAAAAAAUAAGAUCUAUUUUUAAUGACCUUACAGAUGAACUAUUGGACUGCGGAUGCAAUUUUGUCCCUUUUAUUGGCUUUUGUAAAUCUAAACGCAACAUCUAAUUCAAAAACUAUGCUGCAAUUAAUAACCACAUGAAUUUUUUUAUGUGAAUUUCAGCAAAUCAGCACAGAGAACAUUGUUUUGUAUAUCAAUGUUGAGGUAUAUCAACAACAGCUACAACAUGAUGAUCAGUCGUAUUCUGUGAAUACUGUACAUUACUUUUAUUAUUUUUCAUUCGUUUACGAUUCGUUUUUUCACUGAGACACAACAGACUAAUACUGUGCUAAGGUUUGACAACCAAACUAUGAAAUUAUGCCUAUACUGCAGUGGUUGUAGCUUUUAUAGAUUUCACUUUAACAGCCAAAAUCUGAAUUAUCUGCAUGCAAUAAAACAUUAAAGAGGAGUCGAUAAUAAAAGAUGAUUUGUUAGCGUAUCAUCCAUUUACCUCAAUAUACCAAGCAGUUUAUUAGAACCCGACCGAUAUAUCGGGACGCCGAUAUUAUCAGCCGAUAUUAGCCAUUUUCCAAACUAUCGGUAUCGGCAUUCAUAAUGGCCGAUAAAUGAAUAUUUAAAAAAAAACAGACGAAACAGCCUUCAACCAUGUCAUGAGUGUUGAUGUUGUAUAGUUUGUCCACCAGAGGGCACUUUACAACCACCCUGUAGGCAACACUCGUGUAUAACGCGUCACACAUCCUGCAACCUGCUGAUCCAGCCAGAGUUGGGCAGAGAGAACAACGGUUAAGUGAGUUCAUGGUGAGUUGGUCACGAGACAUUUUAAAAUGCAUUAUUAGGGAUGCACCGAUAUGGAAAUUUUGGCCGAUACCGAUAACCGAUAACUCUUUAUAUUUGGGGGCCAAUAACCGAUAUAUAUAUAUAUAGGCCGAUAAAUAUUCAUAUUAAUUUCACAAUGAAAACUCCCAGACCGCAGACAUCCUGUCUUUGCGCUAAACUAGCAUACUCUUCUUAAGGCCGCAACACGUGUCAUCUUCGUGCUAUGUCACAGAAAGCACCAAUCAAAACUCCACAUGGCCAGCAAUGAGCAAGUGAAGUGGUUCAACAAACCAAAAUAAUCCAUCAUUUAUCGGCUUUCAUUUAUCGGCCUAAUUUUGCUAUCAGACCGAUAAUAUUAAAAAUAAGCAGUUUUCGGCCGAUAACGAUAUGUCGGCCGAUAUAUCAUGCAUCCCUAUGCAUUAUCAUAUUAUUUUAGUUAAAACUCAUAAAUAACUACAAAUAACUAAUGUUAGGGAAAUCUGUUAAUGUUUUGUUGCGCGUUUCUGGGGGAAAAAAAUCGUCCGAUAUAUCGGAAUAUCGGAUUUUAAAACCAACAAACAUUUGUAUCGGUAUCGGCCUUCAAAAUCCUUUAUCGGUCGGGCUCUACAGUUUAUCAUGAGGUAACAGUUUUUUAUUUGACAAUCUGUUCAAAGAAAUUUGUGUUGUAGUAAAACAGACUACAGGAUGAUCAUAUUGUAAGAAAUGUAGAAGGUUAAGUAGAAGUUUUUCAAAGUGUGAAGUGAAAGUGCUUUUGGUCAGGAAACCGGAUUUUGCCGUUUGGGUUUGAAUUAGCGAUGUUAAGAUGGCGAUGAGGAACGUUCACAGAAGGAAAACACGUAGGGUUUCAGCUUUGACAUGCAAUGGAGAACUGACGCUGAGGUUUUUUCUGUUUAAAAGCACAGACAACAUAUAUAUCCAAAGAAAGAUUACAGCUCAUGGUCAUAAGAGAACAUGAGAGUAGGUUUGCAGAUGUUUUGUCUUUGCUGGAUUUUUGUCUUUACCAACAUCAAAUCCGUGUCUGAGGAUGUGAAUAGGAAGGAAAAUUGUUGAAAAAAAGAUUGCAAAGGACUGAUGAAUUAUUUAUGAACACUACUGUUUUGGUUAUCUUUCACAAAGAGCUCUGAAGCACCUCAUUUGUUAUUUUGGUACUAAAAACGAGAGGUUAUAUUUAUCUUUGCUGGAUUUUAUGAAAUAUUGGGCUUUGAUAAAUUUGUAAUGAUUGGAGAUUUAUUUAUGGAUUUUGUAUUGUUGUUCUUCCAGAGGUUAAGCUUUAUUGGGAAACACUGGUUUAAAAGACAAAAGACAAACAAAAACUAAAUACGCUACAGUAUAAAUAUAUAUGCUACAAUGUUAAUGCUCCUUUUUAACCCAAUAGUUCAUCGUGUCCGUUGGUGUAUUUGGCAUCUCUCUCCUACAGCCCAUUGAAUCUUUCUGGUGUUUUUCUAGCGUUAUUUACCGAGAAUCGGACCAUUUACAGGACCAAGGUUAUUAACUGUCCUCAGCUAACCGAUACCCGUUUAACUUCUGCUUUAUAAAUUGAUGUCAUACAGAUGAUAUAAUUGCAAAUCAAACUUAAUUUAAGUUGCAGAUCUAAAAGACUGUUCAUAAUCUCCAACGAAACAAUUGUUAAACGUUGUAAAGUCUAACCUUAAAAUUUGCACUGAUGUAGUAUGUUUGUGAAGGUUAUUACGUUGUCUUUUGCUGUACCUAAAGAUAUUUAACAGGAAUACAGAUUAUCAUCAAAACAAAAAACGAUCAAAAUAUUCUUCAAAACGAUGCAUGCAUGAUUCAUUGUAACAUACAAAGAUUUGGGUCUUUGUAAGGUUUCACAGAUUUCACAGUUUGACCAGCGUGUUGAAAAGCGGUUACGUGAUGUCACUUCUGGUACUAGACUGAAGUCUUCAAGCAACUAAAAUGAAAAAUAACUUUUUUGUAUAUUUGUAAAUAUAAUGCCUUUUUAAAUUGUUUCCAGGGUGUUUCUUAUGUACAAUGUUUUCAAAGUUUACAUUAAUUAUAAGCCUUUGUAUAUUUUUGAUCUGUGCAACACUUUUGAGUCUUGUAUUUAUUUUUUAGUAAACUUUGUGGUCCCUUUGUAAAAUGUCUCUAAAACUGUUUGCCAACUCGACUGGCUGUUUAGUAAAUGUGCAUAGAAGAGAUCAAUAAAUGUGACUGCUUUAAAAUA